AUGGAGAGCGAGCUCAAGUGUUUCCUCACAGGAACAACAGUGAAAAAAGAAGCCGAGCAACGAAUGACUAAAACAAUGAUGAAGGAGAAAGAGGAUGAUAUAGCUUGGAAAGAUUUUGAAGAGAAUGUAAGAUUGAAAGAUAACAGGAUUUCCGUGAAGUUUCCUAUAAAGAGUAACAUUCAGUCCAUUGAUGACAACUUCGGUAACAGUUUCGGCUGUUUGAAUGGCAUGCUUAAGUCAAUAAAGCAAAAACCUGAGAUUUUCGAGAAAUAUAACAAAACGAUACAAGAACAGAUAGAUUCGGGGAUAUUAGAACUAUGUCCCAAAAAAAGACAUCCAUUUUUUACCUAUUAUAUACCUCAUCAUCAUGUUCAAAAGAUCACAAGUUCAACUACAAAACUUAGAAUCGUAUUGAAUGCCUCAAGCAAAAAGAAGCAUUUAAAUUCCUUGAACGAUAUCCUCUACCAAGGAUCAAAGAUAAUACUAAACGUUUUUGGGAUGCUUCUUCGCGUUCGUUUGAGUAAAGUCUUCCUUAUGGGAGAUGUUGAAAAGGCUUUCCACCAGAUAGAACUAGAUGAGAGUCAAAGAGAUCUAACAAGGAUGUUAUGGAUAAAAGAUAAUAUGAAAGAAGCGAGAGGAGACAAUAUUGUCCAUCUGAGAUUCACUCGGAUUCCUUUCGGAGUUAAUUGUUCACCAUUUCUGUUAGGUGCAAGUAU